AUGUCUCCACCUCGCCGCGCCCUUAUCAGCAUAACUUCUGCCCAAGCCACUCUGUUUCAGGGCAAAGAGACAACCGGUCUCUUCAUUAGCGAAGCCUUGCACCCAUAUAAUGUGCUCACUGCCGCCGGAUUUGAAGUCGACCUUGCCUCCGAGACCGGUUCAUAUACUCCCGACUGGCUAUCGCAGCAACCCGACUUUUUGAAUGGCAGCGACCUAGAGAUAUGGAACAACGUUAACAGCGACUUCCGUAGGAAGCUCGACAAUAUGCCCAAGGCAGCAGAGGUUGAUGGCUCUAAAUACGGAGUAUUCUAUGCUUCAGCUGGCCAUGCAGCUCUCAUCGAUUAUCCCAAGGCUUCUGGUCUGCAGAAAAUAGCGGAGCGGGUCUGGGCUAAUGGCGGCAUUGUCGCAUCUGUGUGCCAUGGUCCGGCUAUUUUCGCUAAUGUCGUUGAUCUAUCUACCAAAGAGCCUAUCAUCAAGGGUAGGAAGAUUACGGGUUUUACUACCGAAGCUGAGUCUUCUAUGGGUAUCGCCGAAGAGCUCAAAGGCUGGAACUCGGAGUUGGUUGAAGACUUAGCAGCCCGCCUUGGUGCGAAAUAUGAACGUGCCCCCGGUAUCUGGGAUGACUUCCAUGUUGUUGACGGUCGAUUGGUCACUGGUCAAAACCCAGCGAGUGCAACUUCAACUGCUCGCGCAGUAGUUGCAGCAUUCGAGCAGCUUUAA